GCAGCCUAGCAGCAGAAAAGACGGCGUAAACAAAGCAGGCUGCAACUGGUGAGCUAACGCUAAGUAGCUUCAUGUUUCGCGAGUAAAACGCGCACUGUGGCUGUAUUCGGCUCCAUUUAAUAAACAGUUUUAGUUGACGGGUGAGGACGGCUUCCGUUUGCGUGGUCACAGACUCACUACAUGUGCCGGGACUCGAACUAAGCGAGUUAACAAGUUGUCGUUUUUUCCGCUAGCUGAGUUAGCUUUAGCCAAUUAUAUUAGAUAACGGGACAUAACGGGGUUGUGUAUUUCUGAAAAUCGAUGUCAUGAAGAGUAACGUUUGAUGGUGACACGUGAUAACGGCGCCGGUAACGCGGACCACUCCAAAUGCUGCCAACAUCGAUGCUGUCAUGAGUUAGCUCGCUAUGUAGCUAAUUUAGGACGAGGAGUCUGUUAGUUGUGUGAACGGGGUCGGAUGGUGGCGUGAGGCUCCUGGCUGGAUGGACACUUGAUUGCAGUCAUCUGGACUCGGACUGCGAUGUUUAGCCUGAUGGCGAAUUGCUGCAACUGGCUGAAACGCUGGCAAGAGCCCGCAAGGAAAGUGACUCUGGUUAUGGUGGGACUGGAUAAUGCAGGGAAGACAGCCACAGUACGAGGAAUCCAAGGAGACAAUCCGCAGGACGUGGCGCCCACAGUGGGCUUCUCCAAGGUCGACCUGAAGCAGGGCAAGUUUGAGGUGACCAUCUUUGACCUGGGUGGCGGGAAAAGGAUCCGGGGCAUCUGGAAGAACUACUACUCCGAGUCGCACGGCGUGGUGUUCGUGGUGGACUCCAGCGACGUCCAGAGGAUCCAGGAGACACGGGAGACCAUGGCCGAGGUCUUGCAGCACCCGCGCAUCGCAGGGAAACCAGUGCUAGUGCUUGCUAACAAACAGGACCAGGAUGGAGCGCUGGCUGAAGCAGACAUCAUUGAGAACCUGUCCUUAGAGAAGCUCGUCAACGAGAACAAGUGUCUUUGUCAGAUCGAGCCAUGCUCUGCCGUCCUAGGCUACGGCAAAAAGGUCGACAAGUCCAUCAAGAAGGGCCUGAAGUGGCUCCUCAACAACAUCGCCAAAGACUACGAGGCCAUCACUGAGCGCGUGCAGAAAGACACGGCCGAGCAGCGUGCCCAGGAGGAGCAGGACAAGAAGGAGAGGGCGGAGAGAGUGCGGCGGAUACGAGAGGAGAGAGAUCGGCAGGAGCGAGAAGAGGCCGAACGCGAGGGCAGGCAGGUCCAGGAAGACGGGGCCGAUGAUGCCGACAUGCCGAGCCCCUUCCAGCCAAUCAGCAACGUGAUCUCUGAGAAUGAGGAUAAAGAGAAGGAGAGGAGGAGGCAAAGAGAGUUGGAGGAGGCCCGGACCAAAAGCCCGAAGACGGACGCUGAUCACGAUGACGAGGAGUAUGAGGAGGACAACGACGAAGAGCCAGACGACACGAGACAAACGCCGGAAAAUGGCAGCACAGUCACAACGGGAGGCGAGCAAGACAAAAAGAAGACAAGGAAGCUGCACCUGAAGAGGAAGCACAGGGUGGACCCUCUGAGGACGGAGGACGGGCCGGCAGAGAGCCCCACCCCUCCACCUCCACCAGUUGGAUGGGCGACACCCAAAGUUUCUAGGCUGCCAAAACUAGAGCCACUCGGAGACUCGAGACAUUCUGCGAGCGGCGUGUAGACAGACGGCCGAGCGCAGAGGCGGCGAUUGGAAGUCGCGGGGAACACAGGAGCAGCAUGGGAAACGGGGUCCUGCUCGGAAGCUGUUGCAUUCACAAACUGACGCAGUUCCGGUGUGAUUGCUCAAACCUGCCUGACCUGAUUAAAGUCGGGGCUCUUCUCAAGAAACGCACAUUUUGUGCUGAACUGAAACUUUAUUUUUUAUUGUUAAUGUCAGUGUUAGACGACUGAAACGCUUUUAAUUGACAAAGAAUGUAAAUAUGUCAGUUUUAACCUGUUUGUCUGUUACUGAAGAAUGGAUUUGUACACACGCCGUCAUUAAAAAAAGAGACCAUAUUUUAUAUAUGUAUAUGAUAGGCGAGGUCCGAAGUGGCUUCACGCAGCCGAGUGCUUUAAAUUGGACCUUUUUUAAAAGUUGUAAACACUUCCCAAAAUGAGGAUUAAUCACAUGGUGGUGGGGUGUCAUUUUCUACACUACGCUGUAAUGUAAAAAGUAAAGUGUCACACUACAUCACGAGUGUAAAUUGGUCGGUUUAAUUAAUGAAUGUCUCGACAUUUUCCACUUAAAUACUGUAAAUGUUUUUAUGCCCAUGAAAAGGAAAAAAAGGAUCUGUUUGUAAUUUGUCAAAUCUUUUUAUUUAUUGUUCAAAGAAGAGAGGUAUAUUUGUCUUUAUUUGUCUACAGGGCUACAGAUUUUUUACCCAUUCCGCUGUUUACACUGUGUAUCUGUUGUUUUAAAGUGAUAUUUCUCUUGAGGCGAGAAUCGGCCCCCAGACUUGGCAGCCUCUCAGGUGGCCCUGAGGUGGUUGUUGUUCCAGCUUUUUCUCGCUCAGUCCUCUGCACCCAGUUCCUCUUUGAAAACAGCUAAAAUUGAAUCUCAAAAAAGCACAAAUCAGGAAAAGAAGAAACCUUCCGACGAACACUCCUUUCCCUGUUGCCCCACUUAAGUUCCCAUAUUGGAAGAGUUUGCAGUAGGACGAUGAGGGAGGGGAAAGCAUCUUUACACCGACACCUGGAACAGCCAGUUUUGGGUCAGAACACAUGAGAGUAGCAAAAGUUAGCGCAUGAAAUAUCACUUUAAAAGUACAACGUUCAAAUCUAUAGUACAACACUCACUUCUUAAUAAGCUAGAUGUUUGGAAAACAUAUUUUUUCUACCCAGUUUGAAUUUUAUAACCGCACAAUAAAAGAUGUUUUAAAUAUA